CCCACUUGCAGUGUUGUAAAUUGGUGUCCUCAAAGAAACCGAGGAUAAAAGAGAAAUCAGGAUCGCCGCUUGUAUUACAGUUAACUUUGAACUAAGAGGARCACUUAUAACGCAUUUAAUAUGAGAAAUAUUUACUUCUUGGUAUGUCUAAUCGGUAUAUUCCUCAUCGCCGGAACAGAUGCAGCAUAUGCUAAUGCAUCAAGUAUCAUAAGCCCAUCUCCAACCAUAACUACAGGUAUUGCAAGUGUAACAAAUACRACUGUAUUAGUGAACACUACUUCUUCGAUACAUCCCCAAACAUCAUCUUCAACUAUUAAACCAACGAACACUGUGCCGCUACCAACUUCAUCAAGCAUAGCAGCUCCAACAACCACCACUUCGCCACCAUCUACAAGAACACCCAUUCCACAGAAAGAGAAGGGUAGAUCGUUUGAUGCAGGUUCAUUCUUUGGAGGAAUCAUUCUUGGUAUUGUACUAACAGGAGUGUUAAUUUUGGGCUACAUGUACUGGAAGAACAAAAGGAAGAGCUAUCAUAGUUUGUGAGGAGGUUGAUUCCUGACAUGGGGAGGGGUGGAGGUUUAUUUGCCAACCAAAUGUAAAGUCAUCUAGUUUUAGAACAAUACCAUCCUAGUAGACACUUAGUUUUAAGUUAUUAAAUAUUUCAAGAGCGUAAAUUAAUGAUCACAUGUGCAUAGCUUGUAUAGAUUAGGAAAGAAAAAAGACAUUCAAUAAAUAAUGUAGAGUACAGAUGGUGUUAAAUUAACAAGAAGAUUAAAAAUAAAUCAUUUUUAGUUACUUA